UAGUUGUUUUUUUACCUGCCUCUGCACUUUUGCUAUUGUUUUGCCACUCAAAAACAAUUCAAUAUAUAGGGAAGUAUUAAGAGAUUGCUUUCUUGCAGUGUAGACAUGCAGCCAACAUCUGUAUCUUUCAAAUCACAGAUACUUCACUGAUUUCAUAAGCCUGAACGAUCGGUUUCUUCUUUCUAAAUAGAAAGCUCUGGAACCAAUUUCAUGUCCUUGGUCAAAGGCCAACCGAUUAUGUCAGCAGUAACAUCAUAGAAAACACUCAAGGUCAUAAUUCCCUUGUAAAAAAUAUAUGCUCAGGUCUUCUGGUUCUGCUUUGUACAGAGCAGGUCUUUCCUUCUAGACUUAAAAAAAGGAAACAUACAAAAGUUCCAUAGUCUGCAAGCUCAGCUCCUUAGCCCACAAUUACAGGGAGGAUGUCAGAGCUUGAAAAGGCUUUUCGCAGGUUUGCAAUUUAUGGAGAAAUGUCCACCAGUGGCAAUGAAAUGACAGGCAUGAACUUUUCCAAGAUGUUGAAAGAGUGUGGUGUGAUGGACGGAGAGAUGGUUACCAGUACCGACGUGGACAACAUUUUCAACAAAUACAAAUACAAAGGAGCCCGAAACAUCAACUACAUUGAGUUCCAACAAGCCCUUAAGGAGCUGAGUGGAAAGCGCUUUAAGGGCAAGUCUCCUGAAGAAGCUUUGCAUGCCAUCUUCAAGCUGAUGGAGGGCAAAGAGCCAGACACCCUGGUAUCAACAAAAAUGCGUUGCAGCCAGUGUGGCAGAAAGAUUGACCAAUACAAGCAAAUGUACGGGCUCUCAUAAGGAACAUUUUUGCAAUACUGGCAAAGGUUUAACUGGGCAGGUAGAUGUGGUUGACAAGGGCCAUGUUGGGGCUUACAAGGGGUCUGGAACCUAUGACAAGACCCACUAAAUGUGGGAGGAAACUUGCAGUGUCUUCUGAAAGCUUGCUUCCUCUUCUUGGCCAUGGGACUGGGAAUUUAAUAAACAACUGUUCGUGCAAUUCUUCUCCCUGGCAUAUUAUGUUUCUGUUUAUCUGAAUGAAUGAUCACCCAGCUGGCCUGCUAUGGAUGGACCCACCAACAUAUACUUAAGGAAUGAUUCUGAAGGCAUAUACCAUGCAACAAAAAUCACGCAGGGAAACAAGAGUUUGGAGAUGCAAGAAACCUAUCUGGAGACUACCUAUGACAAAGUGAAGGAGCCACAAUUUGCAUUUUAGGUAUUUUUCCCAUUGUGGGAGACUUCUGAGCACAUGCCUUGCCUCCCUUUUCGGAAUCUGCAUAGCUACUAGCUAGAUGUACCUUUGGUAGUAGAGU